AUGGAUGCCGAGGCUACCGCUCCCCAAACCGAAGUGCCGGUGAAGGUUUCGCAGCCUGAGGAUAAUGCUCCACCCACGUUGGCAGAACCGGCUUCUGGUGUUGUCGCCGAGAUGUCAGGAGCCCUCCCUGCCGAGAGCGCAACUGAGUCAAAGCAAGCUGAAUCUGCCGAAGCUGCUACUGCAAACGGAACUGCCGAGUCUACUUCUGAGCCACCCAAAGAAGCAUCGGAGCCUGCCCCCCAGUCCGAGCCCGCACCUCCAGCCCCCAGUGACGCAGAGGCAAAGGAGGUGGAUGGUGCAGAUGUCGCUCAACCCGAGACCAACGGAACCCCAGCGGAUAAGAGAUCCUCUUCAUCAAGGAGAAAGUCGUCAGCUGGCGUCCCCGAGCACAAGGGCAAGAAGUUGAACAAGAAGAAAUCUACGCCCAAGAUCACCAAUCUUCAUGCACAGCCAGGCGAAUAUUACUUUGCCAGGUUGAAGAGCUACCCACCAUGGCCAUCCAUCAUCUGUGAUGAAGAGAUGCUUCCUGACAUUCUACUCAACACCCGACCUGUCACCACCAAGAAGGCGGACGGCACCUACAAUGAACCAUAUGCUGAUGGUGGCAAGAAGGUCACGGAUCGCACUUUCCCUGUCAUGUUUCUGCACACCAACGAAUUUGCUUGGAUCAACAAUACCGACCUCACUCCACUCAACCCUGACGACUGCAAGGAUGUGGCGGAGAAGGGCAAGGCGAAGUCACUGCUGGCUGCCUACCAAGUUGCCGCCGAGAACCAUGAUCUCGAGUACUUUAAGGCCAUGCUUGACGAUCAUGCCGCGGCAUUGCAGGCCGAGAUUGAGGCAAAAGAAGCCCGUGAGGCUGAGAAAGCCGCCAAAGUUGACAAGAAGAAGCGCAAGAGUGAAGCAAAGGUUGAAACUGAGGACGUCGAGAUGGAAGAUGCUGAAGCGGCACCAAAGAAGUCCUCCAAGAAGCGCAAGAAGGAGGCUGACAGUGAAGACGAAGAAUCUGAGAAGCCUGCCAAAACUCCCAAAACGACCAAGAUCAAGUUGACCACCAGCAAGACUCCGAAGACCGAGGAGAAGAAACCAAAGGAGAAGGCGACAAAGGCUAGAUCGGAGAAGAGGAAAUCAAAGGCUGCCACGAGCGACGAGGAAAUGGUCGAUGCGGCUCAACCUGAGCCUGACGAGAAACCUCUGGACCCUGUCGAGGCGCGUAAAGCUCGCGAGAAAGAAGUGCUCUUCCUCCGACACAAGCUGCAGAAGGGCUUCUUGUCUCGUGACCAGGCACCUCAAGGAGAAGAAAUGCCACAGAUGUCCACAUUCAUCAAGAAACUCGAAGCCUACACCGACUUGGAAGUCAGCAUUAUUCGCAAUACCAAGAUCAACAAGGUUUUGAAAGCUCUGAUUAAGCUCAACACCAUUCCUCGAGACGAAGAAUUUCAGUUCCGCAAGCGUUCGAUUGAGCUCUUGGGCCAGUGGAAUAAGAUUCUAGGUGCAGAGCCAGCCGACGCAGACGCGGGUGCGGACAAGGAGGGCAAGGCAUCGCCCGCCACAAACGGCGUGCAUGAAGAAAAGUCCGAGGAUGUUGCCGGGGAGAAGAAAGACGAAGCGCCAGCUCCUGCCGAAAAGCCUGCCGAGACGGCUGAAGAGAAGCCGGCGGAAACUGGCGAGGCGGAUGCUGCACCAGAGAAGCCAGCCUUGGAGGAGUCCAAGCCAACGUCUGCCGAGGAGCCUCCAAAACCCGAAGCAACUAUCCCAGAAACUGUCGAAAAAGCACCUGAGUCGGCGGAGGCUGCUGCCGAGGCUACCGAUGCUGUGAAGGCUACCGAGUAG